CAGACCAUCAGUUUUAUCUGCACAGUUUUAACUGUACAGUCGAACUGUUCAGUUAAAACGUACGUGUGUAGGCAAAUCUUUGAACUGUGCAGUUGAACUGACGAUCUAACCGAAAUUUCAUUAGAUAAAACUGUACAGUUAAAACUGUUCAGUUAAAACUGAUGGUCUGUGGCAAAAAACUGUUUUGUUGUCAGUUUUGACGGAUCAUCAUUGCAGUGAGCACGUUUUCUACGGUCUUAAGUCUUUGCAACAUCAACAUGCCUAAUCAACGUGAAUGGUUAGAAGAAUUUAUAGAAAUAUAUCGUUCUGAACCUUCCUUGUGGAAAGUUAAAGCUAAAGAGUACCACGACCGUGACAAAAAAGAGGCAGCCUACAGGAGGUUAUUGGUUAAACUUCGAGAGGUUGAACCUACUAGUGACAAAGCAGCGGUAGUUAAAAAAAUCAAUAAUUUACGUUGUACUUAUAAUAAAGAACACAAAAAGGUGAAUGCUUCAAAUAAAUCAGGUGUAGGCACAGAAGAAAUAUAUGAGCCAAAACUAUGGUAUUACCCUCUUUUGAAAUUCUUGGAUGAUCAACAUGUACCACGACCUUCACGCUCGAAUUUGGAUGAUGAGGUUAAUUCACCAGAGUCAGCUCCAUUGUCAGUUGAAGAAUCAGUAAAGGAAGCACAAGACUUUGAAGACUCAAGUGUUGUAGGUGUUCAGCAAACACCUACAACAGAGUCUACAACGUCCUCCUCCUCAACCUCAAGGAAACGAAAAUCUGAAGCGGACCUCACAAAAGACGUUUUGAUAUCUGUCAGAGAUCAUUUCAAACUUCCGGCUCCAUCUCCACCACCACCGAAGCAACCCGACGACCGUUAUGAUAUUUUUGGCAAAUCUGUUGCAUUUAAACUAAGAGAUCUAAAUAAAACUCAACGAAUCCUCGCAGAAAAAAUUAUUAAUGAGACUCUCACAGAAGCUGAAUUGGGUCAGUUAACAACAUCACAUACAGUAAUGGCCCCUUUUCCUAAUUCUCCCUUUCAUCAAAGAUCUUCAUCCAGCCAAUUCAAUCACAGUACUUCACCUUACUCAAAUCAACCAAGUCCUCAAAGUCAGCGCUCAAUUUAUGAACAAACACAGGCUCAACCUCAAGUUGUUUAUUUGUCUAUACCUGAGAGUCCGGGAUCAUCGGGUAAUAAUAAUGUUGCACCAACUCAACAGCAUGCAACUCAACAACAAAUGAUUCAGUCGCAACCAAGUUCUACUUCAACAGUUGCCGACUUUUUAUCUAACUAUGAUGCUUAUUAACUUCUUUUAUUUCUAGUUAUGUUCAGUCUGAUUUUUUUAAAUACUUAUAAGUUACAUAUAAUUAUUAAAAUACUCUAAAAAUAAAAUGCAU